AUGGAUAACCACCCUUCUCCCGAUUUUCGCGGGCAACAGUUCCCAUCGCAUCACGAGCCAAGAGUAUGGCUAAUCACCGCCGGAGACUCGCCGAUUGGCAUCUCAGUCGCGCGGCAGGUCCUUGCGCAUGGUGAUUGCGUUUUGCUGGGACUAGCGCAUACAGUUUUGGAACGAGAUCAGCGCCGUCGAGAUGGAUUCGAAGCCUUUCAAGCCGAGAUAGAUGAGGAAGGAUGGACGGACCGCAUGAAAGCGGUUCCUCUGGAUAUCAGAAUGAUGGGCGAAUGUCAAGCAGUUGUUGCGGAAGCGACUGCAACAUUCGGUCGCGUAGAUUUGCUUCUGUGCUGCACAAGUCAAGCUUUAAUUGGUACUGUCGAAGAGCUGUCAGCUUCAGCGCAAACCUUGAACCUUGUCCGCGAUCAAUUCGAGAUCAACUACUUCGGUCCCCUCAAUAUAAUCAAAGCCGCAUUGCCCCACAUGAGGAGAGAGAGCAGUGGACAUGUUAUGAUUCUCUCUGGGAUCACGGCGCAUAUCGGCACACCUGGCCUGGGAAUGUACUGCGCAGCCGGCUGGGCCCUUGAAGGAUUUUGCGAUAGCCUCGCGUUCGAAGUCGCACCUUUCAACAUCAAAGUCACCAUCUUUCAAUGCAGCAUUGAAAUCGGUAUUCUCACCAACCUCGUCACCAGUGUCCCGCCCAUCUUCCCCGCAUAUUCACCAUCAAAUAACAGCGCGCCACUCUUCCGAGGGAUACUCAACCACCUUGUCCCUCAACUUCCAGGCGCCCAAUCUGAGGGCGUACGAAACCAAUCUACCUCAUCCCAACGAAGUGACCCGGAGAACACAAGAGUAAGCUCAAUCGAGAAUGGCCCAUUCUCUGCCCCAGAAGUCGUCUCUAUGCACCCGCCGUUAAGCUCGGCGCACUUGGAGGUUCUGGUUUCAGAGACUGUAUAUGCCAUUACAUCUAUUGGUGGCCAUCCGAAUCCGCCAUCCCGCCAUAUUGUGGGACAAGAGGGUGUUGCCAGUGUCAAGGAAAAAUUAAAGACCGUCAGUGAGGAGCUAGAAGACUUCAUUCAGGCCAGUUUUGCGGUCGAUGUUGCGGCAAACUCGGAUCCCAUGCCGCCAAUCGGAUAA